GUCCACAGCGUCCCCUCAACCCCAGCCCCUCCCCAGUCCUCCGCCUGCCUGGCCCUCCUCCCUCGGCGGCUCAGGGCAGCCAGAUGGAAGGGGCCACCUCAAUUAAUCACCUUGUAUUAAUACUAAUCCCCCCCCACCGGCUGGCUGGGACAGGCCACUGGGCCUGUGGGCACCUGGGCUGAAGAGGCGCUGCCAGGGUGGUGCGGGCUGGGCAGGUGCGCCAGGCAGGCACGGGGGCAGCUGGGGGUGCAGGAAGCCCCCGAGGGCAGAGGACUGGGGUGAGGAGCACUGCACGGGAGCAGAGUCCCCGCCUGCUUUCCUGGGAUCCCAGACACCAGGGGAGGCAAACAGAAAGAUGAAGACGUGGGGAGAGAGGGGAAGUCAGGGAGAGUUCCAGAAGGAAAGAGGAACAGAGGUGGGGGACAGAGAGGAAAGUUAGAAGGGAGUGGAGACAGAGACAGAAUGAGACAAUUUGAAAUCAACAGACAGGACUGCGGGAGGCAGGAUGGACGUAGGACAUUGUGAGAGGAGAGCCCUGCACAUCACACUCCAGACCCAGAGGUACGGGGGCUCCCCCGCCCGCCCCAGCUGGCAGUCCCUCCCGCUGUCCCACCAGGAGGUGGCGAGGAGGAGCCAUGUUCGUGGGUCCCGGCGAGGGGCCCGAGGCUGAGGGCGGGGGGCCGGCCCCCUGCGAGGAGGCCCCGAGGAGGAAGCACCGGAGGAGCCGCACCACCUUCACCACGUUCCAGCUGCACCAGCUGGAGCGGGCCUUCGAGGCCUCCCACUACCCCGACGUGUACAGCCGCGAGGAGCUGGCGGCCAAGGUGCACCUCCCGGAGGUGCGGGUGCAGGUGUGGUUCCAGAACCGUCGGGCCAAGUGGCGGCGCCAGGAGCGUCUGGAGUCCGGCUCCGGGGCUGUGGCAGCCUCGAGGCUCCCGGAGGCCCCAGCACUGCCCUUUGCCCACCCUCCAGCCAUCCCACUGCCCCUGGAGCCCUGGCUGAGCCCCGGGCCACCGGCCAGGCCAGGCCUCACGCACCUGCUGGGCCCAGCCCCGAGGCUGCCGGCAUCUGGGCCUCACGCCUUCGGUUCCGCCUUCAUGGAAGGCUUCACUCUGGAGGAGGCGUCCAUUCGGCUCCUGGCCAAGGAGCACGCACAGGCUCUGGACGGGGCCUGGCCAUCGGUGUGAGCCUGGUGCCUACCCGUCUCCCUCUCCGGCCAGUCCCGAGGGCCUGGGAUGCCAGAUCCAGGCCAAGGUCACGGAGCAGUCCACCAGCAGGCCAGCCUAUCGAUGAGGAGAGACUGCCCAUCCCCACCCUCCAUGUCUGUGGCCGCCCAGGCCAGGUCCCCACGCCACCCCACCCUGCCUUUCAGGGAGACUGGACAGGCGGCGGCCAUAGGACUUCCAGGCCAGGGAGGCGGGUUCUGGGUGGCCUCAGCGAGUCUCUGCCCCUCCUCGGGCCUCGGUGCCGUCUGUCUCAGGGAAGUGUGUGGGUGGGUGGGUUCAGAGGCUCUGGGACGCUAAGGCUGUAAUCGGGAGCCACCAAUACCUUAAUUCUUCGAGUCCACGAGUCUAAAUCCCUGCUAAUCCUUCACCAGCACAGCCACCCAGCUCUCAGGGCCUCCCUCUCCGAGACAUAUCUAACACAGAGCAGCUCAGGCCCAGCUGCUUCCUCCCGGUGUGCUCCUGGGGUGUGCUCCUGGCCGGAGCCCACCAGGUGAGGACCCGCCCAUUUUACAGGGAGGCAACCGAGAUGGGAAGCCAGUUUCCGGAGGCCACAGCCAACAGGGACUCUCCCUGCCUGACUCCGUGGCCCCAGGCAUCACUGGGUCCCUGCUCGCUCUGGAAGCAACUGGACCCAGGCCGGGGCGAAGGGGGACCAGGCUGAGGCUGGCAAGUACUGCCCAUCCCUGUCCUUGUUCCCUCCAUGACUCAAAGUGUGGCUCACGCCCCCAUCGGCCAGAGACCCCGUUACAUCUCCCAGCCCAGCGAGGGUGGGCUGGGGCACCCACGGGUGGGAGGACUAGCAUUUGUUCUGUCCAACUCACUUCACUAAUUCAUCCAUCCAUUCAUCCAGGAAGCAAUAGGGCCUAGGUUUGGCUCAGUGGGUUGAGCGUUGGCCCGCGGACUGAAGGGUCCUGGGCAUGUGCCUUGUUGCAGGCUUAAUCCCUGGCCCCAGUGAGGGCCGUUUGGAGGCUUGGUUGUGAUGUGUCUCUCUCACAUUGAUGUUUCUAUCUUUCUAUCCUUCCACUCUCUCUAAAAAUAUCUUCAAAAACAUCCCCGGGUGAGGAUUAAUGACAGCAACAAAAAAAUCCAGUAAGCGAUAGGGACACACACUAAACAAACAGAUAAAUACCCUGUCCUAAUGGACCUGCCACUCCAGUGGGAGAGACCAGAUGCAUAAUUAAAAAAUAAAUAAAAUGUGAAACGCCAGCUGGUGGUAAAUGCUAGGGAGAACACCACUGGGAGGGCGAACGGGAGUGCAGGUGGGGGUUUAACACGGUGGGAGGCCGCACGGAGGGGCCUCAGAGCACAGAGCAGGAGGAGGCGGAGGGAGCCAUGGGGGAGAGCAACCCAGGCAACAGGCACAGCAAGUGCAGA